GGGUUUUUACAAAUUUCUGAUGAAGCGGCAUGCAUGGUGCAGCAGGUGAAUGAAUGCUCGAGGACACAGCAGGUGGAUGGAGGCUAGAUGACAACAAGCCUGCAGUUCGUUCUCCAGUUCUUUGAUGGUACAUCGUUUAUCCAGGCCGCCUGUGAUGCAGAAAAACCAUAUCUACAAGCACUCCUAGAUAGUGCAAUCAAAAGGGAACAGAAGGCAGAGAAGGAGAGGAAGGAGACCUUGCUGAGAAGGCAAGUGGCCAUCCUCGAGACUGUUCCCUCACUGACUGAAGAGCAGCGUGGGGAACAAUUGCAGUCUAUACCCACAACCCUUGUUCAAGUAAGGAAUCUUGAGGAUCAUGCCACUCAGAUCGUUGAAGUUUUCGCAAAGUUGCAAGCACUUCAAGAUGAUCUGACUGAUAUGACCCGCAAGUACCAUGAAUUGACAAGGGAGGUGGCUGAGCUGCGACAAGCCCAAGUGGCCAACCCUCUUCCUCUACCCCUUGGUUCUGAAGCUGCAAUUGAAACUACCUCUGCCUCUCUUACUGUAUCUUCUUCCUUGAAUGUGUUGGCAACCCCCUCGGGACCUGCAACAGGUGCAGAUUCUGCUGUUGCUGUGACAAGCAGCGAGGCUGGAAAUUCUGCAAUUGGUGCAGCCCCAAGAUUGGAACCAGCAGGAGCUGGUCCCAGCUACGCCGGUCCCUAUGUGGAUCGUAAGGCGGUUCAAAUACCGUCUAAGUACGACGGCAAGGAAGACAUUGAAUCCUGGAUCAGCUCCAUGAGGGCAUAUUUCGAGAUUCUGGGGACUCAACCUGAGAACCAGUCCGUGAUCAUGGGAAUGAAUGUCGAGCCAGUCGUUCGGGGCUUCUUAGAGGUCCAAGCUACUCCCAAUGCGAAUGGACCAAGUGGAAGGUCACUUUGCAUGAUCAAAGGUGCUCGAGGGAACGGGCUUCCUGUCCUCUUGGAUGAGAAGCAUGAGUCCCCAGUGACUUUUUUGAAUGCUAUGCAGUUCUGCAAGAAAUGGCGCAAGCACAAGGAGGAAGAACAGUUGUAUGUUGCCUUUGUUCGUCCUACCAAUGUGCCAUCCACUUUUGCGGCUAAUACCACUACUACUUCGAUUAGUGAGCCUACUUCUAGUACUUCUACUUCUAGCACCUCUAUUUCUCCACCCUCUAAUGGUCCAAAUGAUCCUACUUCAGAUUCGGUCGUCUCUAUACGCGACCUGCGACCGGACGUAGGUGAUUCCUUUGCUGAUCCCCCACCCCCACCUGUCCCACCAGACAUCCAAAACCUCCUCGAUCGGUUUCCGGAAGUUCUGGCCGAGCCACGUGGAGUCCCCACGCGAUCGGUUCGACACACCAUUGAGUUGGUUGAAGGUGCUGUCCCUCCAAAGGGCUGUGUAUACCGAAUGGGACCCGGCGAGUUGGAGGAACUCCAGCGACAGAUUGAUGAGAUGAUUGACAAGGGGUGGAUCAAGCCCAACGAAUCUGAGUUUGGUGCUCCUGUGUUGUUUGUUCCAAAGAAAGGAGGCAAACUCCGCAUGUGUAUUGACUAUCGCGGUCUAAACCGCAUCGCAAGAAAAAAUGCUUAUCCAUUGCCUCGUAUAGAUGACUUGCUUGAUGCCGUAGGUGGGUGCAAGGUCUUCUCCAAGAUCGAUCUCAAACCUGGCUACCACCAGAUUGAAGUCGAUCCUGCGGACCAGCACAAGACUGCGUUCAAGACACGCGAUGGGCUUUACGAGUUUACCGUAGUGCCCUUCGGUCUCAUGAACGCACCGACCACCUUCCAAAGCCUCAUGGAGAAAGUCCUCCGCGAACAGAUUGGCCGGUUUGUGGUGGUCUGCCUCCAUGACAUUCCAAUCUUCAGAAAGUCCAUGGAGGAACACCUCAAGCACCUUGAGGAAGUACCGACCAUCCUCAAGAAGACGCAACUCCAUCUCAACUUAGAAAAAUCUGAGUUUGGGAAGGAUAGUGUCAUCUAUCUUGGGCACCGGUUGUCUGCUGAAGGCUUGGAGCCUGAAGCAACCAAGGUGGAGGUCAUACGUGACGGGCCUCAACCCGUGAACAUUCGCGAACUGCGUUCUUUUCUUGCUCUCGCGUCAUACUAUCGGAAGUUUGUGCCCCGCUUCUCUAUUGUUGCUUAUCCAUUGUCACGGUUGACCAGUAAAAAUGUUCCCUAUUCUUGGGACGCCGCGUGCAUGAAUGCCUUCCAAACUUUAAAGGAAGCCUUGGUAAGUCACCCAGUACUCCGCAUUGCAGAUCCCAAAUUGACGUUGGUAGUCACUACGGAUGCGAGCCAGUACGGAAUCGGUGCAGUGCUGCAACAAGACGACGACGAUGGCUUGCGGUCACUCGAGUACUACAGCAAACGCAUGCCCAGUGUAAAGGUAGCCACUUCCACCUACAUGCGCGAGCUCUAUGCUUUGCGCAUGGCGUUGGAUCACUGGAAACACUAUCUUUUGGGACGCCACUUCAAAGUCUUCUCAGAUCAUGAGACCUUGAAACAAAAGCUGAUGGGGCUACUCACACCCAUACCCAUUCCCGAUGGUCCCGGGGAGUCUGUCUCCAUCGACUUCACCGACAUGGGAAAGGUAAGUACGAACGACUACUCACAGGUCAUGGUGAUUGUUGACCAAUUCUCUAAGUUCCUCAAUCUGAUCCCUUUGCCGCCUCAUGCCCCAACAGAACUAGUGAUUCGUGAAUUCCAACAGAAGUACAUUCUGCAGUUCGGAACCCCGAAGACUCUUGUGAGCGAUCGGGAUCCGCGCUUCAUUAGUACUGAGUGGAAGGACUUCACGUCUCAACUGGGGAUCAAACUGUGUACGACAUCUGGCCGACACCCCGAAGCCAACGGUUUGGCUGAGGAGAUCAACCAGACUGUGUUUCAACUUCUUCGCGCUUUGAUUAUCUCGGAUCAGGAAACAUGGGAUGAAGAGCUGUAUUCCGUUAAGGGGUUAUACAACAACUCCGUCCACUCCGCCACCGACAUGACACCCAACAGGCUGCAUUACGCAAGUAACCGACGAGCAGAUCAUAGCAGAGCGAUGGAGAAGUGGUCGGAUGCUCCGAAAGGGAAUGCAAAAUCAGGCGAGAAGAUCUUCAAGACAAAGUGUGCGCAAUGCCACGUGGCAGAGAAAGGUGGUGGUCAUAAGCAAGGACCCAAUUUGGGAGGUCUUUUUGGACGAAAGACGGGGCAAGCUGCAGGUUACUCGUACUCUGCAGGGAAUAAGAGCAAAGGCAUAGUCUGGUCAGAAGAGACACUUUACGAGUACUUGCUCAAUCCAAAGAAGUAUAUUCCAGGAACAAAGAUGGUUUUUGCCGGUCUGAAAAGUCCGCAGGACCGAGCGGACUUGAUUGCAUAUCUGAAAGGAGCGACAAAGUGAAGCCACGCAAACUGCAGCUUCUUCUUUUUCCUAUUCUUUCUCUUCAUGUUUUUCUCUCUUUUGUUGUUUUUUUCCCCCUCCCCCCUCCUCCCCCCGCCCCCUUUUUUUCCUCUUUCAUUUUCGUGGUGCCAGCAAUUUUAAGCUUGUAUAUUAUGUCCGAUCAUGACAGAAGCCCAGCUGAGAAAGAGGUGCAAGGAUUUUUUUAUUUUUAUUUUUUCUUGUCCUUUUCCCUUUUCGUCACUUCUUCCCAAAAGGGAGAGUGAAAAAGACGGGGUCGGUGAAGCGUAGGAUUAUUUAUCUGCAUAUGUAAUGUUUUCAAAGCUUCCAUGUGACUCCAUGCAAGUCCGACGAAGAUCGGUAUGACGCACAGCCCCCCGUUUCUUGGCCUUUAUAGAAUUUCGAUCUGGCCCUGAAGCAAAAGUUGUUUAGUUCAUUCCUCUGAGUAACAUAGUCUUUUUUGUGUUUUUUUUUUUUUUUUUUAUGGGACCCUCCCUCAUCCUUUUGCAGGCCCGGGCCACCGGGUUGAACAAGGUGACCAGGACGGCCUGGCUGGUACCGCCCAGUACUACAAUAUUAGCCAUUUUAAC